AUGCAGAAGGGGGUUAGGAAGUAUUUUGGCCAGAAGUGUCUGAGUGAAGUGACCAUGGACGAGUAUUUGGGCACCCAGGGACUCUACCGAAAACUCACCGCUAAGGAUGGCUCCUGCCUCUUCAGGGCGGUCUCUGAGCAGCUGUUUCUGACACAAAUACAUCACUUGGAGAUUAGAAAAACCUGUGUUACCUACAUGAGAGUGAACCACUGCAAAUUUGAAGAAUUUAUUGAUGGUUCCUUUGACAAGCACUUGGAACGUUUGGCUGAUCCUAAGGAAUGGGCAGGUGUCUUGGAGAUGAAUGCGCUUUCACUGAUGUACAAUUGUGAUUUUCUCAUUUACCGGUAUCCUGGAAAACCUCCCAUGCAAGGCACAAAUAAUGGAUUUGAGAAGAAGAUUUUGCUGUGCUCUUCCAACAAUGGCCAUUAUGAUAGUGUCCUUACAAAGCAGUUUCAAGGGGUUGCAGCUGUGUGUCAAGCGGUUGUAUAUGAAAUAUUGUACAGAGAUGUCUUUGGAGUCGAUGAAGAAGAACUGCGAGGAGCAGUGGAACUAUUCCGUAAUCACGGCAAGAAAACCAGGAGAACAAGUACAUCCCAAGGCAAUGAUGCUGAACAUCUUUCUGAAAAGGUUGUACGAAAAAAUGGCAAAGAAAAUAGUGAAUUGGAGAGCUCACCAGAGGAGAAAAUGGCAACGCAUUCUACAGAAGAAAUUAAGACUGUGGAUGGCCCAUCAAAGAUGCCAUUUCCCUUUAAGGUGUUGAAGGCGCUGGAUUCAGAAAUUUAUCGCAAUGUGGAAUUUGAUGUUUGGCUUGACAGCAGGAAAGAGCAGCAGAAAGUGGACUAUAUGGUGGUUUCUGGACAGCAGUACUGCUUGGGGGAUAAAUGCCAGGUGAAACUUGAGCAAGGAGGGAAAUACUACAAUGCUCACAUUCAAGAAGCAGGACAAGAUGGCAACUCGGUGACUGUCUUCAUAGAAGAAUUAGCUGGAAAGCACACUGUUCCUUUGACUAAUCUGAAGCCAGUGACUCAAGUAACACCAGUUCCUGCCUGGAAUAUCAUUUCAAACCGAAAAGGUGGAAAUUACCAGAAGAUACCCAGUGGCUACAUUUCGGAGUUGGACCUUGAUCCAAAAUCACGCAGGCGGUUAUUAAAAAAGAUGCGUGGGAAACAGGUCUUCAUGGCAUUUGCUUAUGGGCGAGGCCAAUCUGUUCUUCCUCCUCGAUUGCAACAUAACGUUCCUUGUGGAAGAUCUUCACCGCUUCCUUCACCCCAAAAUGGCACCUUUUCUCCUUAUGAUCAGUAUAGAGUCCCUCCGCCUCCAAGAAAUGGAAGAAACAGCUAUACUCCAAGGAAUCAGACUAAUCGAUGUGUGAGUCAACAUGGCUUUGAUCCUGAUUAUAUCUACGGCUUUCCUGGCCAGGGAAAGAGAUGUUAUCAGCAUUAUGAUAAUUUCACCUAUAGAUCACGUUCUUGCAGCAGAAGUCGCAGACCCUUUCAGUAUGUCAACAAGGAUUGCCAAUUUGGCUAUACACCAGAGAAUGAAGAGCCAAGAACAAUUGAAGAAACUGUUGCUUUCUAUGAAAUUGAGGAAGGAAAUGAGCCACAUUUUCCUACUGUACAAAGCCAACCUACUUCCUCUUCAGUUGUGCAAGCUCCAGCUAGCUACUGGGUAACAAGUGGAAGUUCAGUGUCUGUUGGCAAGCAGGUCACUCCUGAAGAUGCUGAUGAACCUAGUGAUGAGGGGGAAUAUCAUGAAGACUUUCUUUAUGCAACAACAGAUUCUGGGUACUCUGAUCCAACAAUAUAUAGUGCUUUGGAGUCUACAGCUAACCUGAUGGGAAAUUCAACAGUGAUAUCAACAUCCUCUUGUGUCAGUGCAGCCUCUGGUGUAGAGUUCUCCUCCAACUCACUAGAAGCAAGCCAAACUACAGUGACCUAUGCAACAGUGCCACAUCAGGCACUUGCACCACCUGUUCUUGUGCCUUCUCAUCCUGUUGGUAGACCGGGUUCUUUCCUGCCUGUUAAUGAAAUGGGUGAGACUGUGAGUCCUUCUGCACCACCCCCAUAUUCCUGUGACCCCAAUGGCAAUGAUCUUCCUCUAGAUAGAAAGGUGGUUCAGUAUUACUUCAACCUUGGAUUGCAGUGUUACCACCAAAACUGUUGGCAGUCAGUGGUCUGUAUGCCACAACAUCAACCGGUGGAUAUUUAUCCAGUUUUCCCUGCAGCUGCCCAGUUUGUUGAACAGUUAACUGUGCCACAACAGUACGGUGAUAAUGGGAGAAACGAUGACCAUCCGACUUCCUCAGACACAAUGUCCAAUGGUUAUACUGCUGCAGAGUCUCAUCCAGCAACUCAUUCAACAGUAUAUUAUCCAAUGCUGACAGACCAGUAUAUUCAGCCAGCUAUAUCUACUUAUGAUCCUUGCAUCCCUCUAACAAAUACAGUUCAUUAUGUUGGCCCUUGGUAUCCCGCAAAUCAGACGUGCCCCAGUUCAAGGCUACAGAACACAACAUGCCCAGGUCCCCCACCUCAGCUGAAUUAUGUUGCACCUGCCAAUCAGCCAACACACUAUGUAUCUCACUAG